AUGGGUUCUCAACCAGACUACAACCAACCGCCUGUGCAGGCUUCCUUUGCAGGCUUCCUCUGGGAUAUGGACGGCACCAUCAUUGACUCCACUCCAGCCAUUGAGAAGCACUGGUACACGAUAGGAAAUGAGAUUGGUGUUGAUCCCGAGACUAUCCUCAAGACCUCUCACGGUCGGCGCAGCAUUGACACGCUUAAAAUACUUGCACCGGAAAGAGCAAAUUGGGAAUAUGUCAGCAAGGUAGAGAGCCAGCUCCCAGUUCUCUACCACCAUCUCGCCACCGAGAUCCCCGGCGCGCGCCAGCUCCUCGACAGCAUGAUCAAAAUUGGCGCGCCGUGGGCCAUUGUCACGUCCGGCACCGAGCCGCUCGUCCACGGGUGGCUGAGCCGCAUGAAGCUCGCCGAGCCCGAGCACCUCGUCACCGCCGAGUCCGUCCCCGAGGGCAAGCCGGAUCCCGCGUGCUACCGCAUGGGCCUCGACAAGCUGCGGCUGGCCGACGCCGCCGCCGACGUGCUCGUCCUCGAGGACAGCCCCGCAGGCAUCAAGGCCGGCAAGGCGGCCGGCUGCAAGGUAAUUGGCCUCGUCACAAGCCACACGGCUGAGCAGGUUGUGGCCGCGGAGCCGGAUUGGGUCGUCAAGGACCUGACGUCGGUGCGCGUGGUCGGGUCCGAGGGCGGCAAGGUUACGAUUGAGAUUAAGGAUGCUGUAAAGCUGUAA